UGGAGACAGAAGAUGAAGGUGGUUUCUUGAAGAGGAAUGAAAGAGGCUCUUUGUCCUCCCGUUACCUUCGCCACUGCUUCCUUUCUACACUCCUCUCUCCUCUCACCUAUGUUUUUUUUCUUCUGGGGUGUGCGGCCAAAAAUAAUUUCUGGGGUAUGAGAGUAUAUAAACGUCGUUCAGGAGUUGAGAUUCCUUACACACACUUUGAAAGAAGUUCUGUCCGAAAGGUACGCUGACCACGGCAGAGCUGACAAUGAAAAGAUUAGUGCUUGUCAUUUUUUGCAUUUGUGCAGCAGUCUCUAAAAUCAUUGGGAAGCCCAGUAUGAGAGAAGAGAAGCCCAGGAGGUCUAGUCUGCAUGUAUCAACGGAUUCACCUGAACCGGAUGAUACUGAUUAUUCUUUCCUCCCUGGCAGAAGUGGGCAGUGCCGGGUGAAAGGGAUAUCCCUGUUUGACGGGACCAUGUGGUCGCCUCAGCCAUGCUCUGUUUGCCAGUGUGACAAGGGGACUGUCAGCUGUCACUCCGUGCCCUGUGCCGGUUCAACCAACCAGCAGACUGUGGCACCCAAAGCCAAGAAUCCAUCCACUAAUCCACAGCAGAAAAAGGAAAUAAUAAAACGGAAGAAGAGUCUCCAAAGAAGAGCAGAAAUACAGAAGGAGGAGCGACCUGUUACCAAAGAUAGUACAGUUGCUGUUCUGAAACCUACGGUCACUCAGGAGAAGAAGAAAGAAGUAGAACUGAAGAAACAGGAUAAGGCAAUGAAGACAGUUAUUAGAAAGGCCGAGGUCCUUGUGGCCAAGAAGCGGGAACCUAAGAUAUCCAAACACAGCUUCUCAUACCAUCCCUAUGAUGAUGAUGAUGAUGAUGAUGAUGAUUACAAUGACAAUGAUAAAGACCAGAGUAAGAAUGAUGAGGAUGAUGAGGAUGAUGGGGAUUACAUCACCAGGGCAACCCAAAAAAAAAACAUGAGGGCCAUCACGAAGAAACCAGUGGUGAGGGUGCAGAAACGUCCUGUGGUCCCGUUCCCCAGGAGACAGAGCAUCAUGGAGUCUCUCCCAGCUGGCUGCCUGCUCUCUGAGUCUCUGAUUGCCUGUGGCAGCACUGGCAUGGCCCAUAUCCCUUUACUCUCAGACCCAGGCGUCAAGAACCUUUAUUUGACUGACAAUAGGAUCAGUAAGAUUCCCCCCUGGGCGCUGGCUGGCCUGCCCAACCUUGAGUCGCUGGACCUGAGUAAGAACAAGUUGGAAGACUCAUCUAUCACCCCUGACCUUUUCCAGAACCUGACUAAGUUGAGGAGCCUGAAUUUAGAUGGCAACAAUCUGACAAAAGUCCCCUUGUUUCUACCUCCUUCCCUGGAAGAACUGAAAAUGAAUGACAAUAAGAUCCUCAGUCUUACACCGAGCAGCUUUAAAGGUCUUUCCAAACUGCUGUCACUGGAACUUGAGGACAACCACUUACAUGAUGGGAAUGUUUCACCUUUGACCUUUCGGCCACUCAAGAAGCUUAUCUAUUUGAGACUAGUGGACAACAAGUUCCGUGCCAUACCCUCUGGGCUUCCUACGACCCUGCAGACACUUCACCUGUCAGAUAACAGAAUAGAAGAGGUGCAUGAGAGGGUCCUUAACAAGACCAUCAACCUCAGGUUUCUGGACCUCAGUCAUAACAAGAUCCGAGAGGACCGCAUAGCCCCAAGGGCUUGGAUAUACCUAUUAAAGUUGGAGUCAUUGGACCUAUCGUACAACAAGCUGGUGCAUGUCCCCUCCUUCCUCCCUGUGGGUCUACAGCAUCUCCACCUGCACCACAACCAGAUUGAGCGGAUCCCUGGCUAUGUGUUCGGCCACCUGAAACCAGGACUGGACCUUCUUCACCUGUCCCACAACAGGCUGGGCAACGACGGAAUUGAUGACGUGUCAUUUCUGGGCCUGUAUAAUUCUCUGACCGAACUCCUUCUGGACCAUAACUUGCUUCGCUCCAUCCCCAGGGGUCUACUGAAGCUCAAGAGCCUGCAGCUUCUCCGCCUCAAUCACAAUGUUAUCAGACACGUUCCUCUGAACUCUGUCUGUGACACGCGUUUGAGCAAUGACUCGCCGCUUGUCUCCGUUCACCUGGAGUAUAACCUGAUUGACCGACGCCUAAUCCCACCCACUGCCCUCUCCUGCAUCCAGGCCUACCACAGCAUCAUACUACGGCCCCAGAGGCACGAGGAAGAUUACCCCCAUGAGGAUUACUAGUGCCGCCCCUUUUCUCCUUCUUCAUUCAUUUUUUCUCUCUCUUUUUCUUUCUUCCAUCCCUUCCACCCAAUGUCUGUUUGUUCUGGGUUUAACCUAGUCGGUGUGUCUCAUUAAAUUGGUCCAUCGUGGAUUGUCUUAUUCUUCAAUGAGUUGUGAUUAGGUUACUCAGACUUAUGAUUUUGAUGCUUUAUGCAACAGAUCAAAUUAAGCUAUUACUAUCUGACCAUUGGUCUAGGGCAGUGUUUAUACCACCAGCCAUUAGUCAGAGCAUUUCAUUAGCACAAAUAAGAAGAAAGUAAUAAUAAGAAAAUAAUCACAAAUUGACUCUGCACAGGUACCAAGGGAGAUCCAUGUAGCUGAUUCACUUUUGUGAGCUUCAUUGUUGUGUUGUAUACAUUGAUAAAACUUCUCACCAACUAAUAAAACAUUUUAAAUAGAAAAUGAA